CAUGCAUGAAGAAGCCUACCGAGUCUUCUACGCCCAGACCGUCCGCCUCUUCCCAUAUCAUGGUCGAUUCUUUACCACCAAGUACCCGCUUCUGAUGCGUCUGCCGCCGAGAUACCGUGAAGCCAUCAAUGCCAUGGAGCUUCGCCUGGGACCGGGCUGGAGCAAGCCACCAACAUGUCAGAACACUCAGCCUCGCCUCGGCCUGACCGAUUGCAAGAACAUGCGCACUCUCAAGAUUUUUGUCGAGUGUGAUCCCAGCGAUGACAUCUUCAAUGGCUUUCGUGGCGCUGGCGCCACAGAAGAAACAUACAUGUGCUUCUGCGUGCAUCUGCUUACAGGCAUCUUGGACCAAGUUCCAAGCCUAGAAAUCGUCGAAAUCGAUGCGUGGAGUGGAGUGAAGAAGGACGCUCCGCUUAUCAAAGCAUUGAAGAUGCACGUCGAAGACCGCCGAAAGAGAUUAGUCUGGGGACCACUCAGAGGAUGGGAGGACAAGGAGAGACCAGGACUGAUUGGCAUUGAGAAUGCAUUGGCUACUCUGAGCAUCUCAAGCGAGGCGCCGAGAGUACUGGCUGUGCAAGCCUAGCAUGGCUUGCAUCGAGUAUUUGAAGCUGAGUUGGCGCAUCGCAAGCGUCAAAGCCCAAGAAUCGCUUGAUGCCACGUGGUGGAGAGGUAUGAGAUUGCAGCCUCGCUGAUCAUUUCAGGACCGAAGCAGAAUCAUGAGAAAUGAGUAUUUCUCAAGAGACUGGACACAGUGCCCUUCACUGUUUCGGCGCGUAAAGGUUGCACUGUAAUAGCAUAUCGAUAAACACUCAGCACAGCACUGCAACGUUCUACGACAUA